AUGGAAGCCAGUAAAAGUUUAACUCCAAAUCCUCACGUUUCCACAAUUAUUAAAGUAAACGAAUCCAGCAACUGCAAAAACUGCAUAAAAAGCAUAUAUUUUUCAAAAAUCACACAAAUUCUAUAUAUUCUGCUGAUCAUUGCAUGUCUCUUUACUACAGUAUGGAUCAUUAUUGAAUACGGGCAUUUUCAAGGUACAAUUUAAAUAGAUCCUUUAUGGUUUGUUAUACUUGAAUGAGUUAUUGCAGUUGCUGUUAUGUUGGAGCUAAUAGCAAGAUUAUAUAUAUUUGGCUGUGCAUGGUUUUUCAAGACAUGGAUUAAUAUCAUAGAUCUCAUUUUAACAGUGGCUUCGUCUAUAGCUAUCGUCAUAACAUUUUAUGUGGAUUUUGAAAGAGAAGACGACUUGCCAGGAGUUGCAGGCAACAUUAUUUUAGCUGUAAGAAACUUUGUUACUUUAAUUAGGGUUAUCAUGUUCAUUAAAAGACUGAGAAAUGCAGGAGUCAAAAGUGUUCAUAUUGACAGCUUACACAGUGGAGAAUCCAACUCUCCCCUAAUCCCUUCAAAAUCUUAA